AACAAAACAAGAGAUUGGAGCGAUGACGCCAACAUCAUGUCUGAGAGAUAUCCUUUAGUCGAGAAAGCCCUCUCGGAGGGUUAUGCUCGGUUUAGGUUCAAGGACACGUCGCUGCUAAUUUGGCAACAGCAGCAAAUGGAGCUGGAACAGGGACCACCGAGUAACUACCUCAGUCGGAGUCAAAGUACGUGGUACAGUCAGUAUGGAAACCAGGCAGUCGUGGUACGGGACAAACGGACUGUCACAGUGGAUCCAAUUGCUGACGCUGGAAGUUCCAGAAUAUGUUUGAUUAUGUGACAGUUAUAGUGACACAUUUAUUCAUAUGCCCUACGCUUCCAUAUUUGUAAACUGUGCAAAAAUAUAUGGUGCAGACUGAAGUUGAUUAUUUGUGUCCUGAAAGACGUCUGCCAGAAACAUGUCAUGACCAUUCACUGGCCGACUAUGUGGUGGUCAAAGUAAGCCUGUGCAUGUACAUUGGGGUAUGGCAGUGUUAGCUAAGGCUUACAUUGGGGCAGCAGGUGUCUUAGUGGUUAGGGCGUUGGACAUGUAACCGAAAGGUUACAAGAUCGAAUCUCCGAGCUGACAAGGUAAAACAUGUCUUUUUACCCCUGAACAAGGCAGUUAACUCACUGUUCUUAGGCCAUAAUUGAAAAUAAGAAUUUGACUUGCCUAGUUAAAUGUAAAAAAAUAAAUGAUAGUUUAUAGCAUACUGCAUUUCAAUGCAGUAUUGUCAAUAUAUGCGCUUGUCUCUCACAAACACUUGUAACAAGACAAUUGUUGCAACAGCAAGUGGAGGUUAUGUGCAUUGUCCUGUGAAAUAGAAGUCUGCACUUUCAAUUCAAUUUCUGUCUGUUACAUACCACAAACCUUUAACAUAGCUAAUGCCCCUGCCAGCUUUAACAGCUGUUAUGUGGAUAGUAUACAAAGACUCCAGGAGCUCACAAUUGUAUGUUUGUAGUUUAAUUAAAACAAAGGAACUCAGAAAAUAAGGGAUCCCAUGUAAAUAAUUACAUAAAUAUUCACUUUGUUUGCCCUGCAUCCCCAUAUAAUUUCACCCUUAAAACAACAUGAAUCUUACAUUUCUCAAAGACAUGUCUACAGAAGUUACUAUACUGUGCUACAAAAUAUUUAAGAAAGUUGCAGCAGGAGGGUAUGCAAAAUACAUACAAUUGUUUUGAAAUAAAAAUUACCUAUGACCAAGAACUAAAAGGAACAAAUCAGUGAAGCUGGUGAAAACCCUUUAGAAAGUAUUCAAACCCCUACUUUUGCCACAUUUUGUUAUAAAGGGGUAUUCAAAUUAAUAUAAUUUUCUGUCAACGAUCUACACGUGUCAAAGUGGAUUUUUUGUAAAAAAAAUCAGAAAAGAAAUCAAACUCUUGAUUAGGUAAAUAUUCAACCCCUGAGUAAAUACAUGUUAUACUGAACAAAAAUAAAUGCAACAUAUGUCUAAACCUGUUUUCUCUUCAUCAUGGGGUAUUGUGUGUAGAUUAGAGUAAAAAAUUAUAUUUAAUCCAUUUUAGAAUAUGGCUAACGUAACAAAAUGUGGAAAAAGUCAAGGGGUUUGAAUUUUUCCCGAAGGCACGGUAACAUGGUCAGUUCCAAUACCAUAAUGCUCUGGCUCCAACGGGACUGUGGAAACAUGGCUCUCGGUCAAGAUACCCCCCAUGGCUAUCCAACUUGAUGGAGUCUCCAUUCACUGCGCAGACAGGACAGUGGAGUUAAGGAAAUCGAGGGGGGAGGGGUUUGCCUCUACAUCAACUGGUGUGCUAACUCCAGUGCGAUGGAAGUGCCGACCCACUAUUCCCUCGUCUUGGAAUACCUGAUCGUCAAAUGCCAACCCUUCUACCUCCCGAGGGAGUUUUGUGACUGUUGUAUACAUUCCACCCCAGGACAAGAAAAAUAACACGCUGGCACUUAACGAACUGUACAAGACUAUAAACAAGCAAGAAAACCUAAAUCGAGGCUGCUUAUCUGGUUACCGGCGAUUUUAAUUCCCAGUCACUAAGACACGUGAUGCCCAACUUCCAUCAACACGUCUCCAACGCCACAAGGGGCAAUAAAGUCCGAGAUCACUGUUAUUCUACCAGCAAGCAAGCAUACAAGCCCCUCCCUCGUCUGCCAUUUGGUAAAUGACUCCGUAGUCCUGCUUCCUGAUGACAAGCAGAAACUCAAAACAGGAAGUACCUGUGACUCGCUCUAUUGAGAAAUGGUCACCAGAAUCAGAGAUGCUACAGGACUCCUUUGCCACCACUGACUGGAAUAUGUUUCGAGACUCUGCCGAUAACAUUGAAGAGUUAACACACCUCCGUCAUUGGCUUUUUUGAAAAUACAUCAGCAACAUCCCCACUGUGAGGGUUCGCUGCUUCCCCAAUCAAAAGCCCUGGAUUAAUACAGAGAUUAGUUUAGUGUCAGAGGACAGGGCUACCGCACACUGAGCUAACGUAGACAACCCUGUCUAUGGCUGAGGACAGGAAUAAGUACAAGAAGUCCCGCUAUGACCUGGGUCAUGGCAGUCAUCAAACAAGCAAAUGGACAAUAUAGGAAUAAGGUGGAAUCAUAUUACAUAGGCCAGAAACCGUCUCAGAGAUUAAGGUGAGGGACAAAUACCAAACAACUCUAUAGCGGAGAGAGGGGACAAGAGAAGUUAAUAGGAUGGGAGGCCACAGAUGAAUCCCUGUUUCAACUGUACCGAGCAGACAGUGUGUAUUGCGGCGUGUGGGCGAGCGGUUUGCUGAUGUCACCGUUCUUCCAUGGCCUACACUCAGAAAUGUCACCCAUUGAGCAUGUUUGGGAUGCUCUGGAUCGACGUGUUCGACAGCGUGUUCCAGUUCCUGCCAAUAUCCAUUAACUUCACACAGCCAUUGAAGAAGAGUGUGACAACAUUACACAGGCCAAUCAGCAGCCUGAUCAACUCUAUGCGAAGGACAUGUCGUGCUGCAUGAGGCAAAUGGUCACACCAGAUACUGACUGUUUUUCUGAUCCACGCUCUUACCUUUUAAAAAUAAAAAGUAUCUGUGACCAAUGCAUCUGCAUAUCUGUAUUCCCAGUCAUGUGAAAUCCAUAGAUUAGGGCAUAAUGAAUUUAUUUCAAUAGACUGUUGCCUUUAUAGGAACUAACUAGGUCAAAUCUUUGAAAUUGUUAAAUUUUUAUAUUUUUGUUCAGUGUAGAAUCACCUUUGGCAGUGAUUACAGCUGAGAUUUUCCUGGGUAAGUCUAUUAGCUUUGGACACCUGGAUUGUACAAUAUUUGCUCAUUCUU